AUGGGUCCGUCGAAACCUCUGUCCUAUGCUGAGUCAGUCUUGAAUAAUAACUCUAAGAAGGUAAACUUUCGGAAUCUUGCUAGUGUUCAGAAACAAGAUGGAUGUGAUGUGGUUUUACCCCGGGAUUCAGUUAGGGCUGUUCAGGAGAAACUUGCUAAUACCUUGUAUGGUUACUUUUUGGGUGAUCGAGUGGCUUACCCGGUUGUUGAGUAUUUCGUUCGGAACAAUUGGAAGAAAUUUGGAUUGCAGAAAACGAUGAUGAAUGCUAAUGGUUUUUUCUUUUUCAAGUUUGCGGAUCAAUCUGGCAUGAUGAGCGCUCUCAAAGCGGGCCCAUGGAUUAUUCGGUCACAACCUUUAUUUUUAAAUAUAUGGUCAGCCUCUACUAAGCUUGAGAAGAAGGAAGUAAAAACGUUACAACUAUGGGUUAAGAUUCAUGAUGUCCCAAUCACUGCUUAUAUGGAAGAUGGGUUAAGUCUUAUAGCGACGGCCAUUGGUGAACCGAAAAUGCUGGAUUCGUAUACUACGAAUAUGUGUAUGGAUGCUUGGGGGAGGAGUAGCUAUGCCCGUGCUCUAAUUGAGAUUUCCGCUGAAAAUGAUUUUAAAGAGGAGUUAGUUAUUGCUGUUCCUGAGCUUGAUGGAGAUGGUUUCGUCAAAGAAAAGCUGUACGUCGAAUAUGAGUGGAGUCCGCAUAGAUGUGGUCACUGCCGUGUGUUUGACCAUUCUGAUGAGGGUUGUCCGAAACAAGUUAGAGCCAAUAUGAAGCACGGAAACAUGGGAAGUAACAGUAAUAAAAAUCAGGAGGUAGCUAAAUAUCGUGGAAAGGGAAAGAAUUUGGUUGAUGAUGAUGGUUUUACAACUGUGGAGGAUAAAAAGGCUGCAAAGAGAUCAGGUUUUCCAGUUAAUAAGCAGAAACCAAAAUUUGAAUACAGGCCUAUUGGCAAGAAACCGGAAGGUGGAACCAAGAAGGGUGAAAAACCGAUUACUCCUUUGUCUAGUAAUCCUUUUGAUGUUUUAAGAGAUGAUAUCGGGGAGUCUAGUAAAUCUGGUCGGGAUAUGGAGGAUGGGGAUGACAAUUCUGAUGAUGAAGAGGUGAUGGAAGUUUAUAAUGAAAUGAAUGAGUUUCUUAAAGUCGACCCACAAGUUAUCAGAAAAGGGGCAAGCACUCCUUCUUCCAAGGUGAUUAAAUGA